UCUCGCGCGCAGUUCCAGCCUCACUCUGGCUCAGACUCAGCACAGUGCGGACGCGCGAGGCGAAGCGGAGCAGUGCGCGGAGAGCCGCGGACACACGGAGCGGAGCGGAGCGAGUCUCGGGAGCGCGCGGGAGCGCACGAGGAUGCGCGGUGUGUGAGAGAGAGACGCUCUGUGGGAGGAAGGCACGAGCGCUUCAGCGGCUCCAUCCGGGGGGACAGCAGGUGGAGGAACCGGGGACAUAUACAUAUAUAAACGUACAAACUACGCACGCGGACACGGACGGACGGAGGCGCGCGCGCGGAGAGAGAGGGGGACAAGCGGCUUGGCUUGGACUCGGUGGAGAAGCAGCCUAAAGAUGCUGUGCCGAGGUGUGGACGCUAUGGGGUCAGCACGGGCAGCGGCGGUGGCGGCGUGGACAGUGCUCCUCCUCUACUCUUGUGGCUCUUCCCUCGCUUCCAUCACCUAUCAGCUACGCGAGGAGCAGCCACCCAACACUUUGGUUGGAAGUCUCGCGGCUGACCAGGGACUGCCUGAUACCGGGCAUCUUUACAAGCUAGAGGUGGGUGGCCCCUACCUGCGGGUGGACGGAAAGACAGGGGACAUUUACACCACAGACGUGCCGAUUGAUCGGGAGACGCUGAAGGAUUGCCGGAACUUGUUUGAGGGGGAUCCCUGCUUCCUGGAGUUCGAGGUGUCCAUCACGGAUCUGAUGAAAGGCUCCGGGCCACGGCUCAUCGAGGGGCGCAUUGAAAUCCAAGACGAGAAUGACAACACCCCUCAGUUCCCCUCGCCCAUCCUAGAACUGGCGAUUCCGGAGAACACCUACGUCGGGGCGCACUAUUCCAUCCCUGUGGCCAUGGACAAAGACGCGGGAAGCAACGGGAUUGCGGAUUACAAGCUGAACUCCGGAUCAGACGCUAUGAACCUGUUCAGCCUGCAGGUGGCGGAUAAUACGGACGAAAAGGUGCCGCAGCUGAUCGUGCUUGGAAAUCUGGACCGCGAGCAGAGGGAUACCUACGAUCUUAGCAUCAAGGUGAUAGACGGUGGGACACCGCCGCGCUACAGCAGCGCCCUCCUCAGGAUCACCAUCACUGACACCAACGACAACGUGCCCAAGUUUGAACGCUCGCACUACGAGGGGGAAAUGGCCGAGAACACACCUGUGGGCCAGUCUGUUCUGCAGGUGAAAGCCAAUGAUGAUGACCUGGGAGCUAACGGUCAGGUGACCUACAGCUUUCACCAGCCAUCGCCCAACGUGCAGCGCCUCCUCCACAUCGACCACAACACGGGCAUCAUCCAGGUCAAAGGGUCCGUGGACCGCGAGGAGGUUCCUCUGCUCAAGUUCUCUGUCCAGGCCCGAGACAACGGUCCUCAGGCUAAGAGCUCCAAAGCGAUGGUGACCAUUACGGUGAAGGACAGGAACGACAACGCCCCAUCCAUCAGGAUUCGUGGCUUCGGCUUGGUUGCUCAUGAGGAUGGGAUUGCUAACGUUUCGGAGGACAUGCCCGUGGGCACCCCUGUGGCUCUGGUGGAGGUUUCUGACAAAGACGAAGGAGAGAAUGCCGUGGUAACUUGUGUGGUGGCAGGAGAUGUGCCCUUCCAGUUACGCUCAGCUUCAGCUUCAGACUCCACCAGUAAAAGGAAAUACUUUCUCCAGACCACGACUCCACUGGACUAUGAGCGGAUCAAGGAAUAUAGGAUUGAGAUUGUGGCCGUAGAUUCUGGCAAUCCAGCUCUGUCCAGCACCAACUCGCUGAAGGUGCAGGUGACGGAUAUGAAUGACAAUGCUCCGGUCUUCUCCCCAUCUCUCUAUGAGGUGGAUUUUGCUGAGGAGAACCAGCCAGGUGAUAAAGUCUUGGACGUAGUGGCUACAGAUGCUGAUAGUGGCACCAAUGCAGAGCUUCUCUACAGUAUCAUCACAGACUCUGCCACCAAGGGACUUUUUGAGAUCAACCCGAACACUGGAGAGGUUCGAGUCAUGAAUCAGCUGGAUCGUGAGUACAAGGAACGCUACGAGUUUCAUGUAGAGGCAGCUGAUAAAGGGGUGCCCAGCUUGAAGGGAACAGCCACAGUUGUGGUCAGGGUUCUUGACCGCAAUGACAAUGACCCCAAGUUCAUGCUGAACGGUUAUAGCUUCUCUGUUCUGGAAAACAUGCCUCCUCUUAGUCCGGUGGGAAUGGUCACAGUCAUCGAUGCGGACAAGGGCGAGAAUGCCCAUGUGCAACUGUCUGUAGAACCAGAAAAUGGCAAGUUUGUGAUUCAGAACGGAACAGGAACCAUCCUCUCUAGCAUAUCCUUUGACAGGGAGAAGGAAAGCACCUACACCUUCCGGCUGAAGGCUGUUGAUGGAGGAGACCCUCCUCGUUCCUCUUACGUUGGCAUCACCAUUAAUGUCUUGGACGAAAAUGACAAUGCACCCUAUGUAACCAAGCCUUCCAACUCCUCCUACAAGUUCCUGCAGCCCUUAACAAGCCCAGAUACUCGGGUGGAGAAAGUAGAUGCUGAAGACAUCGACACUGGGCUAAACGCUGAGCUUGUUUAUAGCAUUACUGGCGGAAACCCUCAUGGCCUCUUCCGCAUCUCUUCCACGGAUGGUGAGAUUACUCUCGCCAAAGAAUUCACCCGGAAGCACAAUGGCCUUCACCGCCUGGUGGUAAAAGUCAGCGACAAGGGCAAACCUUCCAGACACACGACUGCUCUGGUCCACAUUUUCGUCAACGAGACCAUCAGCAACGUCACUCUUGUGGAGUCACUGGUUGGCCACAGCCUCUACACUUCUCUGGACAUGGAUAUUGCUGGAGAUCCUUCGUAUGAGCGUGUCCAGAACAGUAACAUUGUGUACGGAAGCCUUGCAGGAAUUGCUGGGGUCAUCCUAGUGAUUGUGGUGGUGGUGGUUAUCAGGCACCGCUGGCAGAAGGAGACUAAGAGUGGGUAUCAGGCUGGCAAGAAGGAGACGAAAGACUUGUAUACUCCUAAGCAAGGUCCCAAAAGCAACAAGAGCAAGAAAGGCAAGAAGGGCAAGGCACCGAAACCAGCCAAGCCUUUAGAGGAGGACGAGGAGGCUAGCCUUCAGAAAGGCCUAAAGUUUAACCUCAUGAACGACAGCGUUGGUGACAGUCCUAGGAUCCACCUACCCUUGAACUACCCACCAGGAAGUCCUGAUUUGGGCCGCCACUACCGCUCAAACUCCCCAUUGCCCUCCAUUCAGCUGCAGCCUCAGUCCCCCUCUGCAUCCAAGAAGCACCAGGCAGUGCAGGACCUGCCGGCCACCAACACGUUUGUAGGAACUGGGGACAACAACUCAACCGGUUCUGACCAGUAUUCGGAUUACAGCUACAAGGCCAACCCUCCGAAAUAUAGCACCAAACAGUUGCCACACCGUCGAGUGACCUUCUCCACAGCCAAUCAGGCGCAGGACCUGCAGGACCCCUCGCAGCACAGCUACUACGACAGCGGACUGGAGGAGUCGGAGACGCCGAGCAGUAAGAGCUCGUCCGGGCCCCGGAUCGGCCCGCUCGCCCUGCCCGAAGACCACUACGAGCGGACCACGCCCGACGGCAGCAUCGGGGAGAUGGAGCACCCCGAGAACGAUUUAAGGUCACUGCCGGACGUGGCUAUGACGGGAACCUGUACGCGUGAGUGCACCGAGUUCGGACACUCCGACUCCUGCUGGAUGCCCGGGCAGCCGUCACCAAACCGCAACAAAACCGCAAGCAAGGGCGGCCCCAAACUUUCCACGUUCGUGCCUUACCAGGAGAGGGAGCCGCAGGACCAGCUGAUGGCCAACGGGAGUCCCAAGCCUAUCGGGGAGGAGCACGGCGGGGGGAGCAAGAUGGGCACCAUCCGCUUCCUGCCUCCGUACACCAGUGCCUACUCUGCGGGUGGCGACGCGGGCAAAGACUGCCCACUCGAGGAGAUCCCGCUGAGCCAGACGGCGGACUACCCGUCGGCCACCACUCCGUCCAGCCAGGGCUCCAAGAGAGAGAUCUACCUGUGAAGUUUCCCGCUUCUGCCUGCGGGUUGCCCUUACCUGACGCGACAGGUGCACUCACUACCUGCGUUCCGCUCUGCCUAUAGGAGGAGGGAUCCGAAUCGCCUCCGAAAGUCACCUCCGACACCCCGACCCUCGUUUCUACCGUCCUCCUCCUUCACCCACCUCCUCUGUGUUUUUGGACGAAGAAUCCCGUUUUAUACAACGUCAUGUAGAAAGCCUAGCCAAUCAGAGAGUCUGUGUUUGUGAAUAUCGUACAAAGGAUACACACUUUUCAAUCAAACUUCUUCUGCCGAGAGAAUGUAAUUACAGUACUGUUUUUAUCCGAAUUUGUGAUAAUUUAACGUAAGCUGUAUAGGUAAAGUUUGCUUUUUUUCUCUUUCGUUACUUUUUUAGACUCUUAUUUUGGUUAACUAAGGACAAGCUUAGUUAAGAGUAUGUACACUGAAGACCUGUAUAUGUAUACACACACGCACACACACACACACACACAUCAGUCACACAUCAGGACUGUCGCCCACCAUGCAGUGGACUGCCUGCCCGUAGGGGGCGAUGUGCAUAACAGUUCAUAAUGCUGCCGCCGAUUUGACGUUUGGUGAUCAACGUCAAACUGGACACCCUUCCUUGAGCACGGAAAAAGUCUUAAAAGUGUUUCCGGCAGCAGGAAACUUUUUACUCGCUGGGGUUUACCCCCCCCCUCAUGUACAGUGAUGUAAAUAUACAUGACAUUUGGUCCGAAUUCAAAGCGACCAGCCUGGGAGACAUUAGCAUUAGCACUGGCUGGAUUCAUCACAGUAGAGAAGAAGAAUAAGAAGAAGUAGAAGAAGAAGAAGUAGACCACCAUAACCCACAAGCAUCGCCCAAACACACUCGGGAUUUGGAUUUAAACCAAAACACUGGGGGAAAACAAAUGGAAAACAGCAGGUCAGUCUAAUGCGAUUUGUCAGAUUUGAAAAGUUGCCACCGCUACCAUCCGCGGAUUCAGCAGGACUUCUACGGAGAGCAGGUGGCUCCAUCAGACACUUUUCCACCGUCUCUCACGUGUCAUUGCUGUGAUCUUUAACGGCCAGGGAGGCGCCACCGGUUUUCGCUUGUGCGGCAUCUUAAAUCCUGACUGUAAGAAACAAUCUGACGGACCACUCUGUCCUCGUCGCUCUACCUGUUCCCCAAAAAUUGCUUUUAUGUGUGAAAGAAUGCUUCAGAGACUUGUCGUAAUUGGCUGGAUGGUUGGAUGGUUGGAUGGUUGAAUGGAUGGAUGGAUAGAUGGAUACAUGUCAUGGUCGGUGGAUCAAUCUCAGACAAUGUUUAAUCAUGAAGUGUAUUCAUCACCAGAAGGUUCCAUUGCGUUAAUCAAAGCAGUACAGCUUGUACUACAGUGUGUACAGUGUAGAACAAUAAAUCCACUUUAAAAUUUGUUUAAAGUUUGAAGAUGUAAGAGCUAGCAAAACCCUCGCACUUGAGGCUAACGUUGUAGGAUUAGAACCCUCGGGUCUAGAGAAGAGUUAGAACGCACAUUCAUACACACCCUCAUCAACGAAUCAUCAGCAGGUGAUUACUGAACGAUUACAGAAUCAUCUCGCAGAGAAGGUUCUUGCUCCAAGACUCCUUAAAAACACCAUAGAGCUUCUCAUUUUGAGGCUUAUUACUUAUUACAAACACGUGAGAAAACAGAGCUACCGGUACUGUUAUAGUUACGUCAGCUGAUAUCGGGGUGGAGGUUUGGACCUGCUGGUGGGGCUCAGAGUUCUGCAGGGGUUAAUGUGGUAUUAAUAACGUGUGACGGCGACAACAGUGGUGGCUGCGGCAGCACUGCGAGAUAACAGAAGCUGAGAUCAGUGGGAAAACUGAAGAAUACGCCACACGCAAUCUGCCAUAAGUGACCCCAACGUGGACCCACCUGUCCUCCAGUGUGUGUCCAGUACUGGGACAGACUGACCAGUGCCCUUUGGAUGGUGGAAAGUAGGAAAGUACAAACAAACCCAGAACGUUAUUGUAACUUCAUUUAACUUUCCUAAUAGUUUCAAACUAAUUCAAGGUGAAAUUUCAGCAUCGCGCACUUUCAAUCUGUUUAUCCUAAUGUCUAUUAAUUUAUUAAUUAAACAGAAAAACAAUGCAAACCUACACUAUUCUUACUUAACAGGAGUGAGGAACAGAUGCUAAUCCCACCUACUACUAGAGUUCGAAAGGUCUUCAUAAAAUGCAAUACCAAUGUUAAUCAUAAUCAGUAAUUUCAACCAGUUUUCAAACUUAAACAAAGAAAAAAACAUUUGGAUGCUUUAACAAUUCUUUACAGAACCUUUUUUAGUGUUGGUGCUUCAUUAUCUAGUUCAUAUUAGUGUCAAAUAGGGUUCCACUAUUGUAACAGAUCAAAGAACCUUUAUUGCUAAAGGUUAUGUCCACUUUCCACUUCAUUUUUUUUUUAUCAAGGAAGUUUUUUAAGGAACCAAAAGUGUUUUUUUUUUUUGGCUUCUAGAAACAUUUGAAUUGAUUUUUCUUUUUUUUCAAGUUUUAUCCCUUUUAAAUCCCCAAAUUGGUCAACAACCCCACCCACUCAUUAGUCCCCACUGUCAUGCGUCGUGUCUCCAGCUCUGAUACAUCAACAGAUGCCUGUACUCACCAACAUUACAUGAGGAGUAAUGACGGGAGAUAGCACCAACCUACUGUACCCACCCAUAAAGAGCAUGACCAACUGUACUCUCUCAGACUCCGGCUGCUGAUGGAGAAGCAACACGACCCGGGAUUCAAAUUAUGAUCCCGCAAUCCUCAGGUGAUAGUGGCAGCACCUCUUUUUGGAAUCUUGGUUGUUUAACAAUAUUUGGUCAAAAAUAUCUAAAUAUAUUAAAAAAAAGGUUAUUUGUAAUGUUAAUCUAGUGGAACCCUCUUUGUUGACAUGGAAUCAUUUUGUAAAAGCUUCUUUAAAGAAAGAUCUGCAGAGCCUUUCUAUCAGCAUAGAGAGCCAUGUAAACCUGUGAUUGGUUCUUUAAAGUAUUCUGGUUUCAUACAGACUGAAUAAAGCUUUCACAGAGUGAUGCUAAGAUAACAGAAGCUAGCACCGCUCCCCUCUGUACCGCUAAAGCAGAGUAAACACAGAAUCCCCCCGCCAUCACUCCCCCCGUGUCCGGGCCGUCACCCGACGUGCACCAGUUCAUCCAUUUCCUGUCAGAAUUCCUGUUUGAUCAUUUACAGAUCAAACACCGGACUGUCUAAUGCAGUCGCUGGGAUCAGCCGAGGUCCGGCCCGAGCAAACAGGCCAUUUCUCUCAGUGACAGAACCAGCAGCCCGAUAGCAGCUUCUCAACCUCCGGACCGGCACCGCUGGGAGGGUUUAUCACAAACACAGGUCUGGAAGAGUCAUACUCUAUGUGGCUGAAGCUCCUGUUCAAUCUUUUCUAAUAAAAAAUAAAUAAAUUUGGGGAUAUUUCUAAAAAUAAACCAAUUUCUAAAAUAUAACAGUCCCAUGUUAAUCAUUCAGCUCAGCGGAAUUCCUUCCAAAUCUUAACUUUGUGACUUAGGGUGCUCUCACACUAGGCAAUCCAUGCCAGGCACAGAUGCACAUCAGUAAGGCACGAUUUGAGCACAGUACGCAUGCAGUGUGAGCGCUAUCCGCACCCAAGCAUGGAACAAGAUGACGUCAGUGAUGCAAAGUUCCUGUUAACAAACAUAGCGGUGUUGUGCCGAAUUCAGCACCCCCGCCAGAAAAAGCACCCCCUCUCGGGAGUACACAGUAUGUCGCAAUGUAUGGAACCGUGACUUCAGCACCAUGCAACCAAACCAUGCUUAGUGCGAGAACACCCUAACAGUAAUUCUGUUGUUAGAUUUGCUGGAUUCAAUCCUAUUCUGUAUGAAUUGGAAAUACAGUAAAUCCAACACCAUUUUACUGAAAUCUAAACACAAUAUAUAUAUAUAUAUAUUUCUUUAUUCCAUUUGUAACUGAAUUUGUAAUGAUUCAAACCUGAACUCAAUUUGGCUCACCGAUGAUUCUCAUACACACACACACACAGUGUUUGCGGACAAGUGCGCUUGUUUUAGGAAAUGAUACAGAACAUUUAGCUAAUUUUAAGAACUUAUUAAUAAUUUUACAUUUCAAACAAUGAUGCAGAAGAUUUGAGUAAUUUGAAUAAAUUAUGCAAAACCUAUAGUUAAUUAUAUGUAUAAUCAGUAAGUAAUAAUUCUAAUUUUAAUAAAUGAUGCAGAAUGUUUAGGUCACAUUAAGGAACAAUGCAGAUGUUUAUUUUUGCUCAUUUUAAGAAAUGAUGCAGAAUAUUUGUCCAUCGUACAGUUUAUAUUACCUCUCUUUUUUAAUCACUCCAGCUCCUCUUCGGCUCAUCACUGAUACUCACACACACUUACAGCAAAGUGUUUUUGUGUGUGUGUGUGUGUGUGUGUGUGUGGAUGCAAACGCUUCCUGACAGUUUAGGCAGUGUUGUGCUCCCGCUGGGAAAACCUGGAGUUUAUCCCUGGAGAGCGACUGUCACAGAUACUGCAGGGAGAUAUCAGUCUGGGGGGAGUGUGUGUGCGUGUGUGUGUGUGUGUGUGUGUGGAAACUGAAAAAAACACCACAAUAAGACAUCCACGUAUUGUCUUUAAAGUUAAACCAUUGUCUCACACAGGCACACACACACACAUAUGCACACGCACACACACACAAUGCUAUAGUGUGUAUGUGUGUGUGUGUUCUCCAUCUGUUUAAACACUUUUUUUGCAUCCUGAUGAAGCGGCAGCAGCUUGCUGUGUGAGCUCUGGUGCAGAACACAUUCCACUGACUGACAGCUGUGUGUGCUCGUGUGCAUGUGUGUGUGUGUGUGUGUGUGUGUCCUACUCUUGCGCUUUCCGUGAUUUAACAAAGAAAUGACUCAUUAAGGUGGAAACAGGAAACGUGCUGUUGAUACAGUUCGUUUUAAUCAGGCUGCAGAGUGAACACAAUCUGAAUUAUUCCACUUCUUAAUUCAGAUUUGAAUAUGCUAAUGUGAACACUGCAGUACUGAACCCAAUUAUAUGUGAAGGAAAAACAGCAGCAGGUCAGGGGGAGGAGCUUUGGACAUUUCACCUAAAGCUGCUGUGAUGUCCUCUCUGCAGUGGGUAACAGUGUUGGGUGUGUGUGUGUGUGUGUGUGUGUGUGUGUGUGUGUGUGUGUGUGUGUGUGUAGAGUACACUCCAUUACCACGGCCCAUGUUUUCAUCACGCUUCCCUGAACUUAGACAAGAACACAAAACUGGACCCAGAACACUCAGAAUCGAGCCCAGUGGGCCGCUGCAGAGUUUAGAGAUGGGCUGUGCAGUGUUUCUGAAUGAGUUCUGGAUUUGUAUAUCUUCAGCUCGUCCCUUAUGUAUUAUAAGAUACAGCUCUGUAAAAAUUAAGAGACCACUUCAGUUUCUGAAUCAGUUGCUCUGAUUUUGCUAUUUAUAGGUAUAUGUUUGAGUAAAAUGAACACUGUUGUUUUAUUCUAUAAACUACAGACAACAUUUCUCCCAAAUUACAAAAAAAUAUUGUUAUUUAGAGCAUCUAUUUGCAGGAAAUGAGAAAUGGCAGAAAUAACAAAACAAGAUGCAGAGCUUUCAGACCUCAAAUAAUGCAAAGAAAACAAGUUCAUGCUCAUUUUCAAGUUUUAGGAAUUCAGAAAUCAAUAUUUGGUGGAAUAACCCUGGUUUUUAAUCACAGUUUUUUAUGCAUCUUGGCAAUUUCUCCUCCACCAGUCUUACACACUGCUUUUGGAUAAUUUUAUGCCUUUACUCCUGGUGCAAAAAUUCAAGCAGUUCAGCUUGGUUUGAUGGCUUGUGAUCAUCCAUCUUCCUCUUGAUUAUAUUCUAGAGGUUUUCAAUUUGGUCAAAUCAAAGAAACUCAUCAUUUUUAAGUGGUCGCUUAUUUUUUUUUU